UAGGUGAGAGCAGCACAUUUGAAGUCUAACUUUCGUUUCUUCAGACGACCAAUUAUUCAACUGACUACUUGCAGUAAAAUAUCAAGACAUUUAAAAUAAAUGCUAGACUUUGUCCUGCUAUAAUGACUGAAGACUUUUCUGAAAACAAUAAAGGAAGUCUAAACACCUGUACAGCAGCAGAAGAGGAAGGAAAACUGUUUCACACAAUUCCACAUCGAAUUCUCAGCUCUCCCAUACAUGCCAAGAAGGGUCUUUCUGUGACUGUGGAUGAAGCAAGAUUUCUGGAAAAACCACCCCUAUCUUACAUAGCCUUAAUUGCAAAGGCAAUUCUUUCUUCCCCUGCAAAUAAACUGAAUUUAGCUGCUAUCUACAAAUAUAUUGAAGAUAAUUUUCCUUUCUACAGGAACAAAGGUCGAGGCUGGAGGAACAGUGUAAGACACAACCUUUCGCUAAAUGAUUGCUUCAUCAAGGUGGGAAGAUGUGAGGAUGGCAAAGGAAACUACUGGAGUAUCCACCCAUCAAACUUAAAUGACUUUCUUCACGGUGACUUCAGGCAACAUCGAAGGUCACGAAAGCGAGGGCAUCAAAAGCAGCUAGAGCACUGCCUUGCUGUGAAUUAUUUCAUGCCAUGGGGACACUGUCCUUCCUAUCCUGCACCGAAUUGGCUUUACCAAACACAUUAUUUUCUGGAUCCUUUGUGGAAGAUGAUGUAUGCUGACAGACUGCAGCUUAUGCAUGAAUACCAAAAAUGGAACGAAAACAGUGAUUUAACCAUGGGGAAGUUUUCACCUUCACUACAGGCUGAUAAACCACACAGCAUUUAUUUGGACUGUUUUUAUGGAUCUCCUACUACUUCAGUUAUGCAGCAGAAUAUUUUCCUAAAUAUUCAACAGGCUUUCCCCAAUUCUUUUUUCUUCUCUUCUCAAAAGCAGCAGCAAAGUGAAGCAUUCAGAUACAUCUGCCUGACCAAUACUGUCAAAGAAGAAUCCUGGAUCCCAACAAAUAAAAUAAAAUAAAACUUUAAUAAUUUUUUUAAACUUUUAAAAUAAAAUAAAACUUUAACAACUAAUGUAAGAACAAUGUACAAAGAUGACAUAGGGCUUGAUUCUGAUUCUACCAACAACCAUGAAAACAAGAAUUUUUUUAAAGUUACAUUUAGAAUCUUUUGAAAUUUGAUAUUUCAUUGGAAGCAACAGGGCACGCAGACUUUAUUUCUAUCGUAAGACCAUACUGUACUAAUCUUCCUGUGCAUCCAACAGAUUUCUCAGUAUAAUCUGUACUAGACUUGACUCAACAUAAUAACUCAGCAAGCAAAGUCUCUCAGCAAGCAAAAAGAAUUCCUCCUAGCAAGUUCUUGUCUUCAGAUAGAGCUGUCAGCUAUUUGAAAUCCCUUCGGCGCUUUCAACAUAUAGUAAUUUUAUUUAACUGUUUUAAUAUUAAUACUGUGCUUUCAGCACAUCUGGCUUACCUACUUGUGCCUUUUUGAAGACAGUGUGUGGCUUACACUACACUUGUGAAGUGUUAGUGCAUAUAAGGUCUGAUAUGUCUAGAACUCAGAAGGCACAUCUGAUCAGGCAGAAACAAGACAAAGUCCCAGGACUGAGGGAUUUUUAAAUGGUUGGCUCUCUCCAAGUGAAGGAGUAGAAAAAGUAAUGGGGGAAUCCUCAGCACCAGGAAAAAACACUGUAAAAAAUUGAACUUGUAGUGAAAAAUAGCCUGAGAAUGGACUUCUUUUAGAAAUAUAGCCUGAGAAUGGUCCAUUUUUGGUUUUGUUUGGGAGAAGGAGAUAUUUGCCUUUUCAAGCAGCAACUUGCCACAGAACGGAUUUCCCACUUUCGUUAGUAAGAAAAAAACCCAUUAAUCUAUCUGGUAGGAAUGUGUUUUUAUGCUUCCAUUCUGUCCAAAUGGGUGACAAAAGACCUUUAGUAAAGACACAGCACAAUAAAGCCAGAUUAAAUUAUUUUGCAACUAGAAAGGGAAAGGAAUAGAGGGCUAACUAACUUUCAACAGAAGCUGCAGCUCUUGAAUGUCAUGCAGGGCUGUGACGUUGAAGACUUCUGAUCCUCAGUACUCUCCCCCAUGCUGGCCUUCAUUAGGAAAGCCCAGCUCCACAUACUUAGUAGGGCAUAGUUCCACUUCGAAAUAUCUACUGUAGGGAUAUAUCAAUUUUUGGACAUGAGAAAUAGGAAUUGCACCCUAAAUAAAGCGAUUUAACGUGUACUUCAAAUGGUUUGCUGUUGUAUAAGCUAAUGCCAUGUCAAGUCUAACAGGACGUAACUAGUGUUACCACAUUCUGUUCUAAGCUAUUCAAAUGCUCCAGUCUUCUAGUGUUCAUGUUGACAGAUAUAUAUGUAUUCCUUUACUGUAAAUAGAUUAGACUUAGCCAUAUGUGCUCAGACUAGAAUUACUAACAACAGAAUAUUAAACUACAUCCUAAAGAAAAAAUUUAAGAUAAAAAUAUAUAAUUAGAAUACUGUUUUGUUUCAAAACCCAGUCCUAAAUGUGGAGACUGUAAAAGGAAUUUGAGAAAAGCCUGGAGACACUCUGAAAUAGAUUUUGUCUGACAAGACCUUCUAAAAAAAGGUUGUGAAAGUAUUUUUUAUAGAAAAUAUACAUAAACUGAACUCUGUAAUCCAGAAUUUACAGUGUUAAGAAACCAACGUUGCACAUGAACUGAACUAUUAGUAUAUUUUCAGUACAAGACAUUUUAAACAGCUCAAUAAUAAAUUGUUGAAUUGUUUAUCUAAUAUAGAAAUGUUCACAGACAUUGCAGUAUGUGUGUGGGGGGCCGGGAGUGCAUGUAAGCACCUGUGCACAUUUAUGAAUUCUCAGAAUCUCAUCCUGAAGUGGUUUAUAACUGUGCAACAAGUUGAACAACUUUAUAUAGGAAGUAAAACUGCCGUAAAAGGCAAAUAAAUGCUGCACCAGUAUUAAUAGAGAGUAUAUUCAUUGCGUACACUGCUCCUCAUAUUCAUAAAAGAGAAGCUAGACAGGUGGAGAUAAUUAUCCCGUUAUUUUAGCAAUAUCAUCCCAAAGACAAGAUUAAAAACUGUAAUUCUACUUAAUCCCUGUAGCCUGCAACACCAACAAAGAAAAAAGGUAAUGAGAAUACAACUCACAAAGCAGAAGUAAAAAUAAUGUCAUAAAGAAUGCUCCAUCAGUUAAAACCUCUAGAUGUAUAUCUGAUUGCUGCUGACGGAGAAAUCAUUGUAUAAAACAUCAAGCACAGGGUUCACAGAACAAUUCUGAAAUGCAAAGCAACAAAUUAAACAGCACACAGUAAGAGUCAGAAUCAAUCAGGACCAAAUUUAUGUCAUGCUUGAAAGCCUUACUAGAAUUCAUACAGCAAUGCUUCAGUUAGUAGAUCUUUUGUUAAUUGAGAUACAACAAUACAUACCAAAAUUUAGUAA